AUCGUUCAUAUAAAAGACCAAGUAUAAAUGAUGUCACGUUUGAUUCACUUUUGCCUCACGUCAACAGACAAUUGGGUCCACAUCAUAUUCGUACAAAACUUUACUCUAUUCCAUUGAGGGUUUUACAUACGUUAUUUGAAGAAGCUAUGGCUAGUCUAUACUUGGAUUUUUCAACACCUGAAUAUAGACUGAACUCUAUGGGCGUUUUCACCUCGAACUCUAGUUUCGUCACGGGUCACGAGAGUUCGACGUAAACAACGAGAGUUUGAGCCCGGGAUUAAAUCGAGUUCAACUCUAACACGAUACAGGGUUCUGACGCAGUAAAGAUGGCGGCGCGCGGUGGAGAUAACAUGGUCCAAAUACAAUUGGAAGAUGGCCAAUGUGUUUUCAUUGACGAAGACCUUGCUAAAAUCUAUUUAGCUGAAGAUGGUGAUCCAGAGACAAAAAGGGCAAUCAGAGAUGCAAUUCUAGCAUGCCGUAAAUCAAAUUCGACUUCACCCGGUACAUUGGAGACCAUUCCUAUACGCUCAUCCUCAUCUGAAUCCCCGUCAUCUGGUCCUUCACCACCCUCCAGCGUCUCUACUUCCAGUUCCGACUCGCAGCAGACCAUGCAUGUUUGGAAUGAAAGUGAAGAAAGAUUCUUAAUCGAUUUAAGGCUGCAGAGGGAAGAGAGAUUUUUAGGCACCAAAUCUCACGAUUUUUUGUGGGGAGAAAUAUCAUCAGAAAUGAAGAAAAAUGGUAUACAUGUUUCCAAAACACAACUUAUCAACAAAUGGAAGGCGUUGAAAAAGAAAUAUAAAGAAGUAAACGAUGAGAACAAUAAAACUGGAAAUCAAAAACACUCCUGGAAAUACUUUGAUCAGUUCAGUGAAGUUUAUGGCAACAAGGCAUCCACAAAUGUAAGCGUGUCCUUCGACACAGGACGGAGAGAUAAAAUGAAAAUCAACAUAGAUAGCAAAGAUGAAGAUAUUUCACUUGUUCCAGAGAAAGAAAAGCAAUCCACAUCUAGUGACACAGAUUCCAAAUCAACAGCUACAGGCACAAAGCUGAAAUCUAAGAAGCGCAAAAUGUCCGACAGCACAAAAUUGAUAGAAAAUAUUCAAGACCAAAACAGAGAGCUUAUGAACUCCAUGGAAAAGCACCAUGAGGAGAAAAUGCGCCGAAUAGAUCGUAUGCUAGAACUAUUGGAGAAGUCCUUGGACAAAUAAUUCACCUCAUGUAUUUUUUCCCCAUCUACAAAGUGUGUACAGGACUGGCAAAGUCCCAGUUUUUAGUUUUCUAUGAAGAAGUCUUCAUUAUUUUCAGCAAUUUCAGUUGCUGAACACCACACA